AUGCUGAGAUCUAAUUUUAUCAGACAGUUUGUGCGGUUCCAAUCGACCGCCAAGUCCACUCCCGCGGCAAAGGGAACAGCCGUCAUGUUCAUGAACAUGGGCGGACCUUCGACCAUCCCCGAGACCUACGACUUCUUAUACCGGUUGUUUGCUGAUGCAGACUUAAUUCCGUUUGGAAGAUUCCAAAACUUCAUUGCUAAAGUGAUUGCCAAGCGCAGAACCCCGAAAAUCGAGUCGCACUACCGCGAAAUUGGCGGCGGCUCGCCAAUCAGAAAGUGGUCCGAAUACCAGGCGGCCAAGGUGUGCGAGAAGCUCGACUCUGUGUCGCCAGCCACCGCUCCUCAUAAGCCGUACGUUGCCUUCAGAUACGCAAACCCGCUCACCGAGGACACGUACCAGCAGAUGCUCAAGGACGGAGUCACCAGAGCCGUGGCAUUCUCGCAAUACCCGCAGUUCAGCUACUCUACCUCGGGCUCUUCCAUCAACGACCUGUACCGUGUUUCCAAGAGAAUCGACCCUGAUAGACAGAUCGAGUGGUCUGUCAUCGACAGAUGGCCAAAAAACGACGGUCUCACCACCGCCUUUGCCAACCAUAUCAAGGAUUCCUUGACCAAGUUCCCGCAGGAGGUCAGAGACAAGGUUGUGUUGCUGUUCAGUGCUCACUCUUUGCCUAUGGAGAUCGUCAACAGAGGAGACUCGUAUCCUGCCGAGGUGGCAGCCACCGUUUAUGCUGUGAUGGAGAAACUGAACUUCUCGAACCCAUACAGACUCGUCUGGCAGUCCCAGGUCGGUCCUAAACCAUGGCUUGGAGGACAAACUGCUACCAUCACCAAAAAAUUGGUGGACGAGGUCGACGACUCCCAGGCCCCAGGUGCCGUGAUCAUCCCUAUUGCCUUCACCUCCGACCACAUUGAGACGUUGCACGAGAUCGACAUCGAGCUCAAGGAAGAGCUCGGCGCCCCUCAUAAGAUGGUCAGAUGCGAGUCCUUGAACGACGACCCAGACUUCAUCGACGGGUUGGUCGACCUUGUCAAGACUCACUUGGAGAAAAAUGAACCUUACUCCAAACAGCUGCCUCUAGACCACGUUCUUGGAAGCGUCAUAGCUACAGAUGUUUUCAACCAUCCUUCCGAGCUCUUCGGAAAGAAAAAAUGA